CACUCCACUUACACUGAGAGCGAUCUCUCUCGCUCUCUCCCGCCCUCUCUUUAUCACAACACUCUCACCCACUUGCCCAAAAUCAUGGCGGACAGAAACAGCCGGGUCAGUGUUAAGAAGAAAGAGAAGAAGGUGGAAAACAAAACAAAUGACGAGAAGGACAAGGAGAAGGAAAAGGGGAAGGAGAAGAUCGUAAAAAGGCCUGACAAGCUAGUGAAAAAAACUGAGACGACGCCUGAGAAGCCUAAGACGGACGAAGAGAAGACAAAUGGGGAAAGUGGAGGGGCAACAGGAGCGGAGGCUGUUAACAGUGAAGAAAAUGGAGAGUUUCAGCCCAUAGAGCUGCCACCAUUUGAGAUUGUCACAGGAGAACAGAUGAGUCCGUUCUACUUCAAGUUUCAGUUCAGGAAUGUGGAAUACUCAUCAGGGAGGAACAAGACCCUCCUGUGCUUCAGAGUGGAUACACCAGGAGGCAGCACAGAGCCUCUGAAAGGUUAUAUGGAGGAUGAACAUGCCACAGCUCAUGCUGAAGAGGCAUUCUUUCAACAGGUGCUCCCUAACACUUCCCAAGAGUGCGAAGUCACAUGGUAUGUAUCAUCCAGUCCCUGUGUAGCCUGUGCAUCCAAGCUGGCCAACAUCCUCCAGCAGCGCAAAAAGGUCCGUCUCUGCAUAUUCUGCUCCCGUCUCUUUGAGUGGGAGCAGCCGGAGAUAGUGGAAGGGCUCCGGGCUCUGGUGAGUGCCGGCUGCAAGCUGCGGAUGAUGAAGCCGUCUGACUUCCUACAUGUUUGGGAAACGUAUGUGGAGAAGGAGGACCAGAGCUUUACACCCUGGGAGGAUUGUCAGGAGAACUACGACUACUACAUGGAGAAACUGGCUGAUAUCCUCAAGUAGAUGUGAGUUGGAGCACAUGAUGGACUAGAUCUCCCCACUGACGUGACCACAAAAUCGACCUUCUUGUCAAAUUCCCACUGGUUAAACGUGUGUUUCUUGCGGUCAUAUUUACUGGUGCAGAUCAGUAUUAGUUUGAAUGAACAGUCGUGGCAACAUUUUGUAUUUUUUAUUUUGCUAAGUUCAUAGGGAGACACAAAAUGCUUGAAUGGCAUUUAUACAGCAUCACUUAUUGUAUAUAAAUAUAUCAUACAAUAUCCAACUGA